AUGUUUUUUAUUUUAAUUGUAUUAGUGUGUCUUAUAACAUGUUUAUUAUUGAUUGAUGACUUCCUGAAGAAAUGUGGGUCUCGCUGGAAAAGGUUUGCCGAAUUUCCUGGCGACACACCUUUACCCAUAAUUGGAAAUACCUUUCAAGUCGGUUUCGAUGCUGAUGAGGCAACUGAAAAAUUCAUGGGCAUGUGGGAGAGGUAUGGCAAGCAAAAUUUCCGCGUUGUUAUUGGAGCCCAACAAUGGGUAAUGGUUUCCGAUCCCGAUGACAUUAAGACCUUACUCAACGAUAGCUAUGAACUGGGCAAACCAUUAGAAAGAAAUGCUGCUAUAACUCCGUUCUUUGGCAACUCUGUAUCAACUUCUGAAGGUGAAAGAUGGAAGUUUGUUCGAAGAUUGGUGACGCCAUGUUUUCACCUGAAGAACAUAGAACGGGCUAUAGAUGAUGUUAAUAAACACCAAGAGCUCUUUGAUAUCUUAGACACAUUUGAAGGCAAAGGACCUGUGAAUGUGUACUAUUAUUUAAGACCCUACAUGCUCGAUAUACUAAAAACUAGUCUUUUUGGAGUUGACAGUCAUUUUCUUAAAGACCCCGACCAUCCUUAUGUAGUAGCGGUUGCAAAAUGGACUUCCAUAUACGCAGAAAUGCAGGACAUAAUAAAGACGAUAACAAAAGAAAGUACACAUAUGAUUGCAGAUAGAAGAAAAAAAUUAGACACAAUGCUUCAAGAAUUUAAAAAUAAUAAUAAAAAUGUUGAUAUAAGUGACGAUACUUUCAUUGAAAAUAAACUUUCGGAGGGAUAUUUGUUAGACAGACUUCUACUGACCAAGACACCUAGCGGUGAAAUAUUAAACGAUGAUAUCAUUAAUGAAGAAAUAAGGCUGAUGUUAUUUACUGGACAUUAUACUACAUCAAUGACAUUAAGUCAUACAAUGUAUCUCUUAGCAAAACAUCCGGAAGUACAACAGAAAGUUCUUGAAGAACAGGAAUCGAUAUUAGGAAAAGAUUUAAACAAUAAAGCAACAAUGCAAGAAUUAAACCAAAUGAGAUACCUUGAAUCGGUAAUUAAGGAAUGCAUGCGCACUAUUCCAACAGUUUCAAGAGUUGGAAGGUACCUUAAAAAAGACAUGGCUUUUCAAGAUGGAAAAGUCGCACCUGCGGGAACAACAGCGAUAAUUUUCAUUGACGCUUUGUCAAGAAAUCCAAAAGCUUUCGAAGAACCAGAAAAGUUUAAACCCGAGCGAUUUUCGGAGUCAGUGCAUCCGUUUGCUUUUAUACCUUUUAGUGCUGGUCCGAGAAACUGCGUAGCUUUCCGAUAUGCCUGGCUGGUAAUGAAGGUGUCAUUAUCUAACAUUAUAAGAAGAUACGAGAUUCUCCCCGGUGGUCCCGGUACAGAGCCAAAAUUCGCAUUUCGCGUAAUAACAGAGUCCACAAAUGGAAUGAAGCUUCAUUUAAAGAGGCGAUAUGUGUCGGAGACA